CAGUGCCAACACACAAAGAUCCUCUGGCGCAUAGGAGAUGGGCUCGUGCGAACGUGGGAUCUGGGGUUCACGGCGUUUGGCGGGCCCCCUGUCCACUUUCGCAUUUUACAUCAAAGAUUCGUCGACGGCAGGGGCGGGAAAACACCAUGGAUCGACGAGCAGACUUAUCAAGAGCUAUUCGCCAUCGGGCAAGCUCUUCCAGGCCCCGGCAGCACCAAGAUGCUAUUCUGUAUGGUCUUCAUCCAUGCCGGCCUCAUUCCCGCCGUCAUUGUAUUCCUUGCCUGGAGCUUGCCCGGCGCUAUUGGUAUGUACGCAUUGUCACUAGGAGUGCAGUGUAUUCACCACGCCCUUCCCGCCAUCGCGUACGCCUUUCUGUCCGGCUUGAAUGCCUCCACCGUGGGCAUCGUCGCGCUGGCAGCUGUACAGGUGAGAGAAAUUCCUGGAGCCAUUAAAGACCAACUGACCCGGGUUCUCGUGAUAGGCGGGGCGUGCGCUGGCCUCUGUUACACGGCUUUGUGGUACUUUCCGGUUCUGGUCUCCAUUGGGGGCUUGAUGACUGUGACCUGGGACUUGUGGCUGCAUCAAGUCGUGGGCAAAGCUCAGGCAAAGUGGCAGAGGAGACGCAGAGCAGCACUCCAUCCGGGUGGACUGGUUGAACAGAACAUAUCUCGACGGGAGCCUGUGGAGCUCACCACUCGCAAUCCGACCUCAAGCGGACCAUCCACAGAGACUCUGCACAGGCGACAUGAUAGCGUGAUCCAGCAAAGCACAACGCAUCCGAGGACAACAGAGACAGGCGAGCAUCAAAGGACUUCGACUGUCCCGAACCAACGCGAGACCGAUACUCAAUCGCAUGCGAUCCCCAUUCGAGCCGGUUUAUGCAUCAUUGCCGCAUUCUUUGCAUCUUUUAUCGCCGUCCUCGUGGCUCGCAGCGUCCUCGACAACCCCCCAAGGCCACUCGACCUUUUUGCGAACAUGUACUUGGCCGGAACCAUCAUAUUCGGCGGUGGACCUGUGGUCAUCCCCCUUUUGCGAGAGUACGUGGUUCAGCCAGGUUGGGUGUCACCGCGGGACUUUCUCAUCGGCCUCGCCAUCAUACAAGCCUUCCCUGGGCCGAACUUCAAUUAUGCCGUUUUCCUAGGUGCCCUCUCUCUGCUCGGUACCUCACAGCCUACCUUUUUCGGUGCCUUGCUAGGCUACAUCGGCGUCUUCGUGCCGGGAAUCACGCUUGCCGUUGGAAUGCAGAGUGUCUGGCACGUCAUGCGGACCAAGCCCCUGGUCACCAGUUUCUUGAGGGGUGUCAAUGCGACCGCGGUGGGUCUGGUCUUCACGGCGGUAUAUCGCCUGUGGCAGAUCGAGUACUUGACUCCUGAACAGGCCGAUGGGAAGAGCUUAGCUUCUGAGCCUUGGUGGGUGGUGGUCAGCGUCCUCACGUAUGCGGGAAAUGCGUGGUUCAACGUUCCAGCUCCAGUGGCCAUUGUCGCAGGUGGGAUCUUUGGCUUGUGUUGGUACGGAGCAGUUGGUCAAUGA